UAUAUUUAAUCUCUGUAGGAAAAAAACACAGGGUAUCUCUCUGGAUUAGAAAUAUAUUUAUAAUACUGAUUUUUUUAGACAUAGGUGACAGAAGAAUUUGAAGAGAUAGAACAGACACCCACCUCAGCUGCCAGAAUGUUUAGCUAACCAAGAACCUGUCCUACCAUGAAAUCAAUCAGUCUCUCUCUCUCUCUCUCUCUUUCUCUCUCUCUCUCUCUCUCACACGCACACACACACACACACACAUACACUUUUGCACCUCACAUUAAAGACAUGCAUUCCAGCUGACACUCAGAAUACUGACUUGUAUUUUACACACAGUCAUGGCAAACUUGGUGAACAAGUUUCCCAUCGUUCAGUAGCCAAGGAAUCCUAGAAGGGAAGAUAAACAGGUAUGCUGGCAGAAGUGAGAAGUUUCUACCUAUGUCCUGAUAGAGGAAAAAAUCAGAAAGAAGAAAGUGAGAAAGCGAACGUACAAAGUCCUUCAACCUGGAACCAUCAGAAAGGAGAGAGUCCAUCUAGCCAAGAAGGCUCUAUGGUCCUGAUAGUGUUGCUGCUCAGUAAAAUAAAUGUGAUCUGACUUUGGGUGUUUUGAAGUCUUUUGCAUCUACUGUCAGUCAAGCCACAAUGAAGAGCCUUAUGUCAGCAUCACCAAGAAGCGGCAAAUGCCAAAAAAUGGUCUCUCAGAGGAGAUUGAAAAGGAGGUGGGCCAGGCAGAAGGCAAGCUAUUCACCCACCGCUCUGCAUUCAGCCGGGCAUCAGUGAUCCAGGCUUUCCUGGGCUCUGCCCCCCAACUGACACUGCAGCUGUAUAUAAGUGUCUUGCAACAGAAUGUCACUGUUGGAAGAACCACACAUGCUCAGGUGUGCCUUCCCAUGGUGCAGCUGGGCCUGGUGCCCAGGUCACUACUGGGCACUGGAGCUACUGGCUGUGACAACAACCCUUGGCUGUCCCUUGUGGAGAGACAGGAGAGUACCAAGCAGAGGGAGCAUCUCUGUGUCCAGUGUUCUUCAGUGAAAAGCUUCUUCAUGACCUUGUCUCUGCUGUCCAUUGUGUAUGGAGCCUUGCGCUGCAACAUCCUAGCCAUCAAAAUCAAGUAUGAUGAGUAUGAGGUCAAAGUGAAGCCUCUGGCCUAUGUCUGUAUCUUUCUCUGGAGGAGCUUUGAGAUUGCCACUCGGGUCAUCGUCCUGGUCCUCUUUACCUCCGUCAUGAAAACCUGGGUGGUGCUCGUUGUACUCAUCAACUUCUUCAGCUUCUUCUUGUACCCCUGGAUCCUCUUUUGGUUCAGUGGCUCCCCAUUCCCUGAAAACAUAGAGAAGGCCCUCACUCGGGUGGGCACCACCAUUGCACUGUGUUUCCUCACUUUACUGUAUGCUGGUAUCAACAUGUUCUGCUGGUCAGCUGUGCAGCUGAAAAUUGACAACCCUGACCUCAUUAGCAAGUCCCAGAAUUGGUACCGACUACUAGUGUACUACAUGAUAAGAUUCAUAGAGAAUGCCAUUCUCCUUCUCCUGUGGUAUAUUUUCAAGACUGAUAUCUACAUGUAUGUGUGUGCACCUCUGUUGAUUCUGCAGCUGCUCGUUGGGUACUGCGCAGCCAUUCUCUUCAUGCUUGUGUUCUAUCAGUUCUUUCACCCUUGUAAAAAGCUCUUCUCCUCCAGUGUUUCUGAAAGCUUUCGGGCAUGGCUCAGGUGUGUCUGCUGGCCUUGCAGGCGGCAGGAGCCCUGUGAGUCAACAGGAAAGACAGACCUAAAGUUAUCCACAGACCGAGAUGAGACACCUUCUAGCAGUAAAAUUAGUCCUGAGCCCACUCAGAUCUUAAGUGGUGAUGAUCUGUGCUCUGCUUAAUGGAAACAGAGGCUUCUCAGCUCACAGGCAUAUUGUUUUCUGGGUUGAUACUUGUUCUUCAUACAAAUAAUGAGCCCUGUAAAGGGAAGGAAGUUAGCUGUCAAGUACUUGUGAGCUGCUGCUCUUUAUAGAGCUCAUUGGUAUUUGGGAGCUAUGGGAGAUGGGAGGGGAAGCCAGGGAAAACUGAGUGUUGAAGGGGUAAUCUAACAACACUACAGUUCACAGGUAACCGUGUUUUGUUCAUUCAGGCCUUACUGGAUUUUUCACUGGUAUAAUACCAGCGAAGUCUGAAUUGGGUGGCUAGAUCCAUCAGGUAGAAUAAGGAAAGGGACUUACUUGUUUUCUAGUUUUCUGGACUAUGGAUAUGGGUAGUCUGAUGAGUUAUUAUCCCUGAACAUAGUUGUCACCCAAGAGACAUCCUGAUGACCAGAGAAGGUUCCUAGGGUUCUGCCAUCAGCAACAUCAUUCCUGUCACAGUUUACAGGGACAGCUGUUCAAGUUUGAUUUUUAAAUAGACAUGUGUUCCAUUUUCAUCUCAUUAGGUCUUUUUGUACAUAACCAGUUAUAGGCACCCUGGCAUGUUAUUUGUAAUUGACUUAAGAGCUUAGAUUUUGAUACUAGGAUUCCUAGGAUCCAUGGCUACAAAAUUGAAUUCUAAAUUUGGUUAUGGAAGGCCUAGAAUUUUAGAAAAGUUGUGUUCCUUACAUGUUUUAACAAAAUUGUUGAUCAUGAGAAUUGUUAAAAACUCAAAAUAAUGGAGGUUUAUAUAGGAGAAUUCUUACCUUUCUUGUUAACAUUUGAAAACGUAAAUCUGUUAGAAGAUAGGCUUAAACCUCCUUAAGGGUCAUUCCUGUCUUAUAAUUCUAGGAAAUUUCUAGUACAAUUUGCUAAGAUAUACCUUUUUCAGAAAGAAGAAAAUAAAACUCAGUCUUCACUCCUGCCUCCCCAUUCCUUGUGUACUAGGAAAGUUUUAGACAAGAGAUACCUCAGUUAAUUUAAGUUUUUCUAGAAAACCCUACAGAACUCUCUCACCCAGUACAGGUAUAUAGGCAUUUUUCUUUUUAUUACUUGAAGGAAAAGUGAUUUCCUCACCACCACCUGUAGUUAGAGAUUGACUUCAAAAACAUUUUAAAUUAUAGAAAGAAAUGAGAUGACCCGAAGAUUUUUGUCCUUCAUGAAAUGCAUAUUGAUUGGCAUUGUUGUGAGUUAAUUUGAGUAAUACAUCAUGUUUUAUCUUCCUACACCAUUUUACAUUCUGAAUAAUUUUUCCUUUUAUCUGGAUUCUGUUUUUUCCAUUAAAGAGGAUUGUGUACCAUAUGCUCAAUUGUCUUGGAAAAAUGCCUGAACCAGUGCCAUUAUUUCUACCACUAACAUGUUGAUAAUAAAAUACCUAGAGACAGGGGAUCAUAAAGAUCACAUUUACUUAGAAUGAGGAUUGGAACAAAAUCUGAGAAAUUUCCAAAGGGAAUCUAUUUAUGGAUUGUACCAUAUUCUGACUAUGCGGACCUACCAAACAAAAUUAUCUUAUAAUUUUCCUUUCUAAUUUUUCUUGCUGUCAAAUUUAUAAGUAAUUUCAAAUACAGAGAUGAAAAUGCAAUUUGGAAGAUAAUUUCCACUAUAUUCAGGGAUACAUGAAACAUUAAGUAGUCUUUCACAGGACAUCCAUAUUAUA